GCAUUUUAUUCCUAAGGCCUGACUUGGAGAAUGGCAGCAUUACUACGUAAACGGCAUUAAUACCGUACUUUUCAAUUAAGUUUUAUUUCUAGGUAUUAUUGGGCGAAUUGGCAGACGGGACGCUAACUAUGCCCGGCGAAGGGCAGAAAAAGUAUGGUAGACGCUGUUGGGGUACCGGCGGACUCUACCAGCAGCCAAUUGUCCGUUAUAAAAAAGUGGUGCAAUGACAAUUAAAAAUAAAGAAAAGAAAAAUAGAAACGGUGUACACCGUCUACUGAAGUAAUGGCAAUUAAUAGCAACUACCAGCCACACACGCUGGGACGGGUUAAGUGGCCUGGAUUCCGUCCCCCGCAGCGCCUAGCCCAAGUCGGCAGACUGAGCGCCAAGUUACCGAGGAACCCUUCUGGGCGAAGCAGGCACUGCAGAGUGAGGGGAACAGCAGAUGGGCGGCGCUGUGGGGGAAGGUAAAAUGACACAGUACAAAUGACGCUAGAAGCAAAAACAGACUGGCUUGCGUGCAGUAGCAGCGCAACGCAGAGCGGGCCAGAUGUGGAGGAGGGCCGAUGCGCAACGCUGGGCUGGUGAGGAGGAGUGAGGAGAUGCGCCGAGGUCCCAUCACAUGCGCCGAAGCCAAAAAGUCUUAAACUCUCCAGGUUUCCCCAGAACGCUGACUCCGGCUCCUUUCUUCUUCUUCCCUCAUAUUCUGUUUCCAUCUCAAUUCAAUCUUUCCUUCUUCAUUUUUUAAACUCCCCCACAAAACCCAAUUCAUCACAAUGUCUGUUGCUUCUGACAAGUUCCCCGCCUCCGCGGCUUUCGAUGCCAUCAACGCUGUCCUCAACAGCUCUGAGGACGAGCGCAAGAACGCCAUCAAGCAGGGCGGCGCCAUCUUCGCCUUCACCAUCAAGAACAAGGCUGGCGAGACCGCUUCGUGGAACCUCGACCUCAAGAACGCCGGCAAGGUCUCCCAGGGCCUCGGCGACAAGCCCACCGUCACGCUCGUCCUCUCCGACGAUGACUUCACCAACCUCGCCCAGGGCAAGGCCAACGCCCAGAAGCUCUUCAUGUCUGGCAAGCUCAAGAUCAAGGGUGACAUCAUGAAGGCCACCAAGCUCGAGCCUAUCCUCAAGAAGGCGCAGACCAAGGCCAAGCUCUAAAUGCAUCGCUGUUGUGUUUUUUUUUGUCUCGUGUCGGGUAUUCUCUGUGUAGCAUGGCAUGAGUAAUGCCGUCUGCCAGAGCGGUUCUGGAAAUGGGUGCUUCCGCUUGUUGUCUGCGUCAUGAUGAUACAACCAGACAGCUUGUAGCGCCUUGUAUCAUAGCAUUUUGUUACCUCUCGGAUAGUUUGUUAACGAAAUCAAAAAUAUAGACGAUAUCACAUUAUGGCUUAAAAAUAU